UAAACAGACGUAAUUGCGCAUGUGUUUGUGAUCAUUGGGAUCAGGUGUGUGUGUGUGCGUAAAAAAUUGUUUCUAAGCUGCAUUUGUGUGUUUUGGGACAGAAAAAAUGAGCAAUUUAAUGGCCCCCAUAGAUCCAUAGGCUGGGGAUUCACUGCAAAAAAGGAAGUUCCGGAAGUGUGUGAGACAAGUGCGCAGUUUGAAUUUGCGGAAGUUGUUCGCUUUGGGGGCUACGGAGCAUUUUCCGGGAGUUAACCUGAAAAGCGGGGGAAGCUCUUUUUGGGGUACUUCCGCCACCCGUGGGGGCACACUGACGCCCCGUACGUGUCCACUGGUGCAUCAGGUGGACAAAGGCAGCAUUUCUUGUGGGGUGAGGCAGUGAAAAGGGUGUGUUUUGGGGCAUCGCCGUGAUUCUGGGGAACCCCACGAAUUUCCCGCUCAAUCCACAAUGGAUUCAAUCAUCGUGCUUGAUUCGGAUGAUGAGGUUGACGUGAAGCCACCCGAACCGAAGAAGCAAAAACUCACAGCAACAAUCCUUCCCACCCCUGUACGACCCAUCUGCCCUGUUUCACCAAAGGUUGUGGCACAUCCGGAACCAGGGGCACGCGCGAAGGAAGUACGACGCGUGACCCCCAUGAAGAUUGGCGAGAAAACCCCGGUGAAGGAUAAAAUCCGUCACUUUGGGGAUGACGACGAAUUCAGCCCGAUUUCAUCACCAAUCUCCCGGCAGGAGCCAUCCGGGAGUGCCACAGUGCAAGAGGAUGAUGAUGACGAUGAGGAGGGGGGUGAGAGUGAGGAGGAUCAACCCCUAAAUGCCACAUAUCAGGAAUUAAUUGACGUCUGUCGCGAAGCGGAAGACACUCCGGAUAUGGAGAUGCUGAUUGAAAAGAAACUCAUCCGGUACUACCACUCAGUGCAUCCGGACUUUGUCAACUCCAAGAGUUUCUGUCGUACCGUACGUGGCGUCACGGAGGACAUCCGGGCGAAUCCAGGGUUAGUCUACUUGAAGAUCUCCAGCAUUCUCGAGGAGUUGAACACCCGACGCAAGAGCCGGGACAUUGUGAUGGUGAAUGAGGAGGCCACGGGCACGGGGAGUGAGCGACGGAAUGCACAGAUUAAGAGGCUCAGCAAGGCGCUGUACAUCCUCAAGAAGCGCAUCGCCAAAAUGGAAGAGACCGAAGUGGAUUUUGACGAUGAUCACCAUUCUGUGCACAUUCAGGUGGAACAGUACAAGAAGCGAGCGUGUCAGAUUUACGAAAAAAUUUGCGAUCUCACGGGCGAGAGUAAAACAGCCCAACGUGCUGUCCGGAAGCCAAUUAGAUUCCAAGAAACGGACUAUCCGGCCUUCAAUAGAGCCCUCCAGAUGUUUGUCAAUCGCACAAAUGUCUUCCCCGACUCGAUGGACGUCUACAAAUGCCUCGAGCACUGCAACAAGCAGUUUGGAUUUGGGCUGAAGAAGGAUGAAUUGAAGAAAAUCGCUCAGGAUGCUUUUGUGAAGAUCGGAAAGCUCCUGCAGUGUCGUCGAAAGGCCGAUCUCUAUGAGACCGUCAUGCAUUUCACGGGGACACGAAAGGAUCCAGCGCUGGAGGAUAAAGAUCUCGAAGCGAAAUUGGAGGAGAACAAGAAGCACUACUCAAAGAUUAAUGAACUCAUUGAUAGCUUUGCAAAGAGGCAGGAAUCAGAAGCAAAAGGAAAGACAUCUGAGCUGGAAACUUCCACUCCACCACCAUCAGCAGUUGGGAGGAUGAAAAGAUCCUCCCGGAGUCCAAGUCCAGGCUGUUCGAGGCAACUCCUUGAGGGGGAUGAGAUAAAAGACAGAGGCGAGGGUGCAGCUACUUCUUCCGGGAGUAUAGAAAGAUCUUCUUCCUCACCGGAUGUUACUCAUCUAGUUCAAGAUGAUUCCAAUGAGUCCAUCAUCCUCCUCGAUGCGUCUGAUAAUCCAAAGAAUGAAUAAUUUAUAACAAGAAGAAGAAGAAGUUUUUGCGCGCGUGGGCGUUUAAAUGAAGUCCGCCCUGUAUUUCCGUUCGCCAAUGAAGGCGGUAUAGCGCAUUAGGGCAUCCGGAAGGAUCUCAAUCACCGUGCGAUCGAAUGGGGCUAAUUUAUGGGAUAUUUCUGUAAGAUAAGAGAAGAAGAAAAAAAAACAUAUUUUAUGCAAA